UGCAUUUUAUUAUAUUCUGUGUAGACUAUUGCGAGUUUAAUUGAAUUUUAUCACUACCUACCUAUUACCUAAAAUUCUGAAAUCUACUUAACCGUUACCCAUAAAGAAGUCAAGAGAGAAAAUGGUUUGUGUACCGUGUUUUAUCAUUCCAGUGCUGUUGUUUCUGUGGCAUAAAUUCGUACAGCCUUACGUUCUACGAUUCUGGAAUCCUUGGGCCGUGAAAGACGCUGAUGGCAAUGUGACAACAGAAUUCCCGUUCAAGUGCGAAGGUGGAGUAUGCGCGUUCAGUGGCAAACAAAAGAAGGCUCUAGAAACUGAGGAACCAGACAAAAACACGGAACAAACUGAUACAAGGCUAAAGUCAGAAUAACACGCAAUAUAAUAUUUUAAGUAUAUUAGACCAAUUCAUUUUAUUCUCAUUUUCAUUUUAUUUUGAGAAGACUGUGAUAUUCAGUUUGCAUCUAGAAUGUUCAUGCAUUUAUAUUUCUGCAUAAUAUUUAAACAUGUUAUUUAAAUGUAACUAAUAUUGUUGAAUAUGAUUAACUGUAAUUUUGCAGUUAGUAUUACAUAAGUAUUAAAAUUUAUUGUCACCAGUUAUUUCAUUGUUUCUAGGAUUAUUAUGUAAGUUUUUCUGGGGUAUGGUUUUAUGGAAUAGCAUGGGGAUGUCAUAUUAUCUUUUAUUUACUCAGCUUACAGCUGCUAGUCUUUUCUUUCAUUAAUCAGUGUCAAUGCUAUUGUAAUCAAUAACAUUUACUUUAAUACAACAACAUUUACUUUAUUGCAUGGUGAAUUUUGUAACAUUUAAAUGUAGGGUCUGCUUGUCAGCUUUGUAAGAGUUUUCUUAAUGAAAUCAGAAACCAAAAUAGUCUGUACCCGUUAUCCCCAAGUCCCCACCCGUGGCCCUAGUGAUGUUAAACAAUUUUGAAAUUCACGCCCACCCAUAAAAUAACGUAAAGUCUAUGUGAUAGUUAUUAAAUUUUUCCACUUUUAAAUCAUUAAUUUUCUGUCUGUACUAUUUAAAAAAUUUGUUUAUUAUGACUCGAUUUAUCUAUAUUCUCAAGCUAUUUAAUUUUGAUGUGUGUUAAAUGUUCAUUACAAUUUUAGUUUAAUAAAAGGCAGA